ACCAAAGUUUGGAGUUUCGCAGCAAAAAGACGCGGGUUGAUGAAAACGGUUUAUUAUCUCGCGGCUCUCCGUGUUGACCGCCGAGACUGACUGCGCUUUUAUUUAUAGAUUUCAAAGCGCUGAAUGGCAGCGUUUGUAUUCGGGCGGCUCUCUCUCACUCUCACACACUCUCGCACGCACUCUCGCACCCUCAAUCUGUCCAUCUGAAUCGCGAGUAAAAGAAGAAUGCCGCAUCUUCACGAUGAGCAGCGUUUUAACGAGCGGUCGGGAUUUCGCCUGUGAGGAUGAUUACGACGCGGAGCUCUGAUUGAUUGAAUCACUGACUGACUGGGAAUUUUAAACCAAAGCCUAUUUUUUAAUUUUACCUGUUUUUUUUAUUUUUACUUUUUCCGCCGCAAAAAGUUUUAUUUUACCAUCGUCUUAUUUUAUUAUUAGUACUACUGUCCUACAGAGUCAUCUUUGAUGCAGAACAGCCUCCUAUCAUCAGUCCUCUUUUGCUUUACUCUCUGCAAAACCUGAAGAAAUAUUUCUGCAAAAAUCCUCGAUUUUUAUUUUUUAUUUUAGUUUGCCCCAGAUUUCUUACUUUUUUUUCUUCUUUUUUUGUUUAAUUUUUGUGGCCGAGUUUUUUAGUGGUUAUGCUCGCCGUGGGUCAGAUGGACGGGUCCCGUCAGAGCUCCUUCCUCCUCGGCCCCCCUCCCCUGGCCGCCCUGCACACCAUGACCGAGCUGAAGGCUCCACUGUACCCCUCCUACCCCCUGCCCUCUUCCUCAUCCUCCUCCUCAGCCUCGCCCACCUCGGCCUCCCCCAACCCGGGCGGCCUCCCUGCCUCCUCUCCGGGCUCUAAGACCCCAACGGGACCCCCGUCAGCCGCUCAGUGCGGAAUUGCCACUCCGCACGGGAUAAACGACAUCCUCAGCCGGCCCUGCGUGGUCUCCACGUCGCCCUCCUCCUCCUCCACGGUGCCCGCAGCCUCCUCUCCGGCCGGUCUGCUCUCCGGACUGCCCCGCUUCAGCAGCCUGAGCCCCCCUCCGCCCCACGGCCUUUACUUCAGCCCCGGAGCGGCGGCGGCGGCGGCGGCAGCCGUGGCCGUGGGCCGCUACCCGAAACCUUUGACCGAGCUGCCCCCCAGGACCCCCAUCUUCUGGCCUGGUAUGGUCCAGAGCCCGCACUGGAGGGAUGCCAGGUUCACGUGCUCACCACAUCAGAACUCUGUGCUGCUGGAUAAAGACGGGAAGAGGAAGCAUACUCGACCCACGUUUUCAGGACAGCAGAUUUUCGCUCUGGAAAAGACUUUUGAACAGACCAAGUAUUUAGCGGGACCGGAGCGCGCGCGCCUGGCCUACUCUUUAGGAAUGACCGAAAGCCAAGUGAAGGUCUGGUUUCAGAACCGCAGGACGAAGUGGAGGAAACGGCACGCGGCAGAAAUGGCUUCAGCUAAGAAGAAGCAGGACUCGGAGACCGAAAGGCUGAAGGGAUCUUCAGAAAACGAGGAAGAUGACGACGAUUAUAACAAACCUUUAGACCCGAACUCAGAUGACGAGAAGAUCACACAGCUGCUGAAGAAACACAAAGCGAACCCGGCGCUGAUGCUCCACACGGCGGACAGCGAGGGAUCGUAGAGGAGGACCCUGACCAAUCACCUUUAUCUGAAAACGCGCGCGUGUUUCUGUGAAAAAAGGACGCAAAUAUUAAGCUUCACGCGCUUCUGAAGAAGUUCAGCAAUAGAGACGUUUCACGCGAACUGGACGCGUACAAUGAGCGCGUGAGUGGUGUCCAUCAGACAUUAUAUUACUGUGAAUAUUUAUGUGUAAAAUCUUUUUUCUUUUUGUAAAAUAAAAAAUACGAUCCCGAUUCGUCCACAUUUUCCGCCCUGGGCUGUUUCUAAAACAGCAGAUUUUAUCAUUUCAUCAAGAAUCUAAACCUAAACAGCUUCAGCCCUUUAAAAUAAAGAAGAACCCUGCAGAGGAAAAUAACGAGCUGGUUUCAUUUAAUCUCUUUUCACACAUUCCGUCACAUUUGACGGUCAGAUUUCGAUGUUCCUUCACUGAUCUAACUGAAAGUGUAAAUAAUAAACGCCGUUUAACAAUGAAACUAUAUUUGUAAUAUAAAUAAAAAAUAGUGGUCGUCUCAUACUGAUAGAAGAAUGUUCUCUUUACUUUUCUUUAAACCUAAUUUAUGAUUUAUGAUUCUUUCAGUUUGUAACAGUGUUUGAAUCCGGAACAUGCGCUUUGCAUAUUCGUGUGUAUUGCACUUUUAUUUAAUAAAAAGGAAUAUUAUUAUGAA